AGUCUGCUCUGCAUUCAUUUUUGAGAGUCUCUACGACUCAGAGCAGAGCUGUUCAUGUCGAGCUUUUUUGUUUAUUUGUUAAUUUAGUUUCCUCCCUUUGUUUUGCUCCUUUUGUUAAACAGUGCACCUUACGUUUUUUUUUUUUUUUAAUUAUUAUUAUUUUAAUUUCUGUAUAUAGCCUACACCAGGAUGGAACUGAAUUCUCUUCUUCUUCUUCUUGAGGCAGCAGAGUAUUUGGAAAGAAGAGACAGAGAAGCUGAACACGGUUACGCGUCUGUUUUACCCUUCGACAAUGACUUUUCCGGAAAGAAAACGAAAUCCUCUUCCAUUUCCAGAAAAGCCAACAACAACAGGUCAUCACACAAUGAGCUGGAAAAACACAGACGUGCCAAACUUCGCUUGUACCUGGAGCAGCUGAAACGGCUCGUGCCUUUGGGUCCUGAUAGCUCCCGUCACACCACACUGAGCCUGCUCAAACGAGCCAAAAUGCACAUCAAGAAGCUGGAGGAACAGGACAGGAAGGCUCUGAACACGAAGGAGCAGCUGCAGAGAGAACACCGCUACCUCAAACGGCGUCUGGAGCAGCUCUCUGUGCAGGGCUUGGAGCGCGUUCGCACUGACAGCAUGGGCUCCACCAUCUACACCGACUCUGAGCAAGAAGUGGACGUGGACAUCGAGGGGAUGGAGUUCACAGCAGGUGAAGGUGAGAGUGUGCACAGUGUUAGUGAUGGAGAAGACCACUACAGCCUGCAGAGCAGCUCGAGCGAUGGAGGACACCAUCCACACGCCUGCAGACUACAGGCUCACAUCUGCUAGAGCAGUGUCACCUCCCCAUCAUACACAUCAGCUGUCCUCACAGCUGGCAGGAUGCACCUGGCUGAUUUACACUCCUCGGGAAACUCGCAACUCUUGCUACGCUUUAUAUCAAACGCUCCCCAACACCACAAAUACACAGACAAGCAGUAUGUGGUUUAGAAAGAACAUGUGGUGUGGUAAUGCAGUUUUAACUCGUCUCUUCUGAUGUCAGACAGCCUCUUAACUCCAAG